GUAAAUGAUAAGCUGAAAUCUAUGUAAAUUUCUAUUUAUAAGUCGGGUUGACCUAAAUACAAAAUAAACCUGGAUCUUCAACGCUACCAACGACAGGACAUGUCGGAUACGGACCAAAUUGUUCCGGCCCGUGAACUCGGGGAUCAACCCCUGUCCUUUGCGGAUCUGGGGAUACCCACUGGACCUCAAGUAACGGAUACAUUCCUUGGAAAGGCUCGAAGAAUUCAAGACGUAGAGAAAACUGAAAUACUGUUUGUUGUCCUAUCAUGCUUGUCUAUAAUAGCCACUGCCGUCCUGUCAAUUUACAAAAUGGCCACUACGUCGGUCACCGAUACAGAUUUCACAUUUGCAUUGCUUCUUUUGGUUAAUGCAGGGUUCUGUAUAUUCUAUGUAAUACAUGGUGUUCUUAAAGAAAGGGCAUAUGAACUUGGUAUACUAUUGAUAGCUGUUGUUGGUAUUGUGCUCUAUUCCGUUUUAAAUUUUUCUCUCGUCGAUAAAAGAGGACCAGUCAAAAUUGCACGGUUAGUUAUAGUAUGUGUUAUGAGUCCACCAAUAAUGCUAUUCUGUGUGAAAUACGGUUUGGAUUAUUACCGCUCUGGAAAUUUGAUAUUCAGAACAAUUGGUGCCAAUGCAACUUUACAGGGAAUUUGUAAAACUCUGUAUUUAUUCCAUGACUUAUUAAAGUUGGAUCUACAGUUAGGGAUAAGUAUGGUAAUAUUGAUAUUAAAUUCAACUGUUGAUGUUGCAUUAGAUGAUUAUAUCAUUCUGUCUGUUGGUGGAGUUUUCAGUAUUAUUUGGUUCAUCAUAGGAUUCUUCAGUAGUCGUAAUGAGAACACUGUGGGGAUGGUAUUUUUCUUUCUUGGUAGUCCUGUAGAACCAGCGUAUGUUUUGUACAAAAUGGUCAAGUCGGCAGAGCAAGUAGAUACAAACUUAAAAUCGGCAUCACUGACUUGUGGUGUUUUAGCUUUAGGAUUCCGUGUAAUAUUAAUCAUAUAUUCAGUUUUAGUUUGGAGGAAUUUUGGGAAAGGCUUAAAAGAGAAAGAAAUAUCUUCAAAGACUACAGACUACAAAUCCAAUCAACAGGCAACCACAGAGAACCCAGAAUGAUGAGCUGCUCACAAUCAAAUACACUAUUAUCAUAAUAAUCAAUCAUUAAUACAUUAUCAUUUUUUACAUUAUAUUAUUGCACUUGUGUCUUUCAAUACCAUCGUGUCAUAUCCUGUAUAAAUAAACUUUUCACAUUCAAA